AUGGCGAGUUCCAUGAAAGAUCUCGAGAUCAACAAGGCAGUAGGCACUGCCUCUUCAACAAAUGAUCAGGCUCGGGCUAAGGAGAGACACGAUGAUAAACACGACACAACAGAAUCGAUUCAUAGUCAAGACGACUCAGGCAUAGCAUUCGAUAAGACUGAAGCAAAGAAAAAAUGGUUCCAUUGGCACGACCCAGGCACAUCCAAAGCCGACAAAAAGCUCAUUUUCAAGCUCGAUUGGUUUCUUCUCAGCUAUAGCUGCCUCUGCUUCUUCAUCAAGUACCUCGAUCAAACAAAUAUCAGCAAUGCAUACGUCUCAGGCAUGGAGGAAGAUCUUGGUUUCGGACCUGGGAAUCAAUUGAGUUGGAUGAACACUUAUUUCAGUAUUGGAGUGAUCAUCGGUGGGCCGAUUAGCAAUAUUGUUUUGACUGUUGUUCGCCCACGGAUCUGGUUACCCAGUUGUUUAUUCGUUUGGUCCCUCUUCGUUCUAUUUCUUUUCAAGUGCAAUACCGCGUCCCAGUUCUAUGGACUGAGAUUUUGUGUUGGUCUAGCUGAGUCUGCAGCUUGGCCAGGAAUUCAGUACGUGCUUGGAUGUUGGUAUAAGCGCUCGGAAAUGGCAUCUCGAAGUGGUCUCUUCGUGAUGUCUGGUGUCCUUGGCCAGAUGUUCUCUGGGUACUUGCAAUCCGCACUUUUCGAUGGAAUGGAGGGUAAGGGAGGUCUCUCAGCUUGGAGAUGGCUGUUCAUCUUCGACUUUAUUCUCGCAAUUCCGGUCGUGAUAUAUGGUUUGAUCUUCUAUCCCGAUACGCCGCAGACCACGACUGCCUUCUAUUUAACGGAGUGGGAGAAGAACCGGGCUCGUCAGCGAAUUGAAGAGGAGGGUCGCACGCCAGUUGGGAAACUGGACCUCACUGUUCUGAAGCGUAUUUUUCAGUCCUGGCAGCUAUAUGCCUUCUCCAUCGCAUACGCAUUCUGGUCCUUGACAGCAGGAUCAUAUGUUAUGCAAUAUUUCGAACUGUGGCUGAAGGCUCUCGGGACAUACUCGGUUCCCCAGAUCAACAACAUUCCCACAUCAAUGGGGGCGAUCAACUUUGCUUUCAUGGUUGGUACGGGUAUUGUUGCAGAUAAAAUUGGUCGUCGAGGUCCUGUCUUCUUCGCUGUUGGGUGUCUAUUGACAUUCUGUUAUGCAGUCUUCACAGCUUGGCCUGCACCGAAGGGACUGAAGAUGGCUGCUUUCAUUUUGACUGGUUGCUAUGGAUGCUAUACACCCCUUCUGGCUGCCUCUGUGAAUAUCUCGUGCGCAAAUGACCCACAGCUUAGAGCAUUCGUCAUGGCUUUCAUGGUCAGCCUUGGAUCAGCAGUUGUGAUUCCAUUUCAACAGUAUCAGUUUCCCAGUGGGGAUGCACCAACUUUCUCAAAAACACAUGGAUGGGCCAGUGGCCUGGUCUUCGUUAUUGCAUUGACAUUAUGGACUGGAUUUGGGAUUGAUUUUAUUCAAAAGAUUAUGACACGCGAGAAAAAACAUCCUGAUUCAGCUAAGGUAUCGGAUAAUAUUGAUGUUUGA